GCUCACCAGCAUUUUUGGUGAUUUUUUACUGUCAGUGUGUAACUUUGUGAGAUUCUGUAGGAUGUUCCUGACUCACUGUGUGAUGGUUUGGAUUUUGGGGACAGUCCUCAGCCUCUGCCUGCCUGUGUGCAGCGCUGUGAAGGUGACCCAGCCCUAUAAAGUGGUGAGCAGCAACGGUACGGCACGGGUCCAGUGCUUCGUCCAACCCCAACCCUCCUUCAACCAGAUCCAAGCUUUCUCUGACCAAACCCAGCACUAUCCCUACCCUGACCCUGAGGAGCUCCGUGUGACCCUGCUGAAAGGACUCUACGGCACCCAGGAACUGUGCUCGUCCAUGCUUAACUUCACAGAUCAGGUUGAGGAAGACGCGAAGAAAGAGCGAGAGGUGCAGUGCUCUGCUCAGCUGAGAGAGGGCGCUGUGGAGGUGACAGUGUCUGGACUGAAAGCCAAACACACAGACAUGUACCGCUGUAAGAUCGAGGUCUUCUACCCACCGCCGUACCUGCGACUCACGGGCAAUGGCACACUCAUUCAUGUUUUAGAAAGCUCUGACUGUCCUGUGCUGGAGGCUCAGAGACAGACUGCACACCGGGGUGAUGAAGAAGAGGAUGAUGAUGGGACGGCACCAGUCAGUGUUCCUGUGGUUGUGCUGGUGAUACUGGUCAUGUUUGUGCUCAUCAUCAUUAUCUACUUCCAGGCUCUGCAGUGUAAACAGGAGAGGAGGGAGAUUGUCCGAGCGGCGUCUGCUGUGCUUAAGAAGGUGGAUGCUGCUGCGUUUUCAUGUUAAAACUCUGCAUGAAAAACACACUGAAGAGUCACUUUGGACCCGUUGUGUCCAAACCUGUGUUGUAUCUGCCUAGAAGCAUUAGAAUAUUAUUGAUUUUGAGGGUCAGUGAAAUAUCGGGUCAUUAUUGACCGUGUAUUAUAAAUCACCUCUGUUAUAACUGAGGGUUUUGUUGUCUUUUUUCACAGCUAUAGAAAAAUACCAAAAUGACUUUUGGUGUCUGUGCAGGUAUAAAAUAAUGUUUACGUUGUUGUAAACACACAUUGUAAGAGGCACCUAUAGGAGCUGCAGCCUGGAGGCUCGUCUGUGUACAAACUACUUGUUUGAUUAAAACUGAAUCACUCUGAGUUUAAUGUGGUGAAAUACUCCAGCUAAGAAAAUG